GUUCUCUAGCUUGUUGCAGGGGCCUGUUCAGCCACAGACUGCCUCCAGAACUGGGGGCAGGGGACAGAAAGGUGGUGGAAAGCCACCUAUGUCUCAUCCCCUUCUCCAACAAGUGCACUGAGUGCUGCUCCGCAACACCUGAGGAUUUGGCCCACAGCCUCUGUAUUUUUACCCCUGUAUAAAAUAGGGAGAACAAUCACCAUGAGCAAAAUCCAAAUCAUACUUUAAGAUCCCACGGGCACAUGGAGCUUGGUAAGGAAAUAUCAUUCUCUGCAUUUUAGAGACAAGAAAACAGAGGCUCAGAGACGUUCAGUGACGUACCUGGGAGUCGCAGUAAAUCCACCCCCACAAAUGGAAGUUGCCUUACAGACACAGGUCUGCUAUUUGCACUCAGAUGAUUCAGGGUGAGGUGCCUUGGGUUUGUUAGGUGCUUAAAGAAAUACAAACACAGCCAUUUAUUACCUAUUCUCCCAAACAUUGCCUUGAUCUGCCUGAGCUAUCCUAUUGUAAAUUCAAUGAAUGUCCUGCGGAGGAAGUGGCUGGCAAGGUUUCUAUUACUCCCUAGUCCACAACUGUUUUUGCACCUUCUGUUCUAAAUAAGAAAGCCUGCAAGAUAUCUGACUAUCCAACCAAUUUGUCCUCUUUGCAUUCAGCAACCCCUGCCGACCAUCCAACGAAACUUCAUUCCUGCCUCAUAUAUUGGAUGACAGCAUUCGUCCAACCUCAGCCAGCCCAGGAGAAGAAAGUAGGUUAGUGUUACAGCCAUGGUGAGUUUACCUUUGGCAAGCUGUUGAUGUCACAGUGAUGCUGCAGGGUGGGACAGCCUCCAAACUAUAAAGAUAGGUCAAUCCAGUAUAUUGAGGCUGCCCACCAGACAGCAGGAGCUACAAAACAUGGUCCCCACCAGUGAGAGUUCUGCUGGCCUGUCUCUGUUCCCAACCCAACUGCUCUCAGGCUUUAGUUUCAUGUCAGCAAUCUUCAUCUGCCUUCCAAAAAUAAGCCUGUGCCACCAUGCGGAAGGGAGAAAAACAAGAAGGGCGGUAUUUUUAGGGCCAUUAAUUCUGACCACGUGCCCGAGAGGUGAACCGGAUGGCCAUUGCACAAAGACUUCUCAUCACUAUGUCCUGUGAAGCCAGCGUUCACUGGACGUUGCCUGCUUUUGUUCUCUUGGGUUUUCUGGCUGGGAUUGUUUCAUCGUAUCCAGUUGUAAGCAGAACUAAUGGCACAUUGCUGGAGAGAGGAUGGGAGUCUCUGUUGUCCAGGUCCAUUGCUGGGAUGUCAGGAGAGAAAUCAGAUGUGAACUGGGAGAGUGACUAUUUGCUAGGAAUCAAGAGGCAGCGGAGGCUUUACUGCAAUGUGGGCAUCGGGUUUCACCUUCAAAUCCUCCCAGAUGGAAGGAUAAGCGGUGUUCAUAAUGAAAACCAAUACAGUCUUUUAGAAAUAUCAACUGUGGAGCGAGGUGUUGUUAGCCUGUUUGGGGUGAAAAGUGCUCUCUUUGUAGCAAUGAACAACAAAGGGAGGUUAUAUGGAACGGCAAUUUUUCAAGAUGAAUGCAAAUUCAAAGAAACCCUGCUGCCCAAUAACUACAAUGCAUAUGAAUCUAGUGCUUACCAAGGGGCUUACAUAGCGCUCAGCAAACACGGGAGAGUGAAAAAAGGAAACAAAGUCUCUCCUGCGAUGACAGUGACACAUUUUUUGCCCAGAAUAUGAAAACAAAUACAACAUAUUAAACCACAGGAAAAAAUAUCUAUUUCGUUUUGCACAUGUGAAUAAUCUCCCAGGUAAAGUAUUUAUGCUGUUUGUGGAUAUAUGUAUAUUUGGAUAGAGAAGUUUGUAUUAGAUCCAUUACACAGUAUACGCUGCUGCUCUUGUACUCAGUGUACACAAAUUAUAUAUGGGUGCACGCACCUGAACUGGUGCUAUACAGAGAGAAAAAAAAAAUUCAACCCUGACUGAAGGGCAACAAGUAUCUGGAACUUGUAGAGCAGCCACAGAUACUUUUUGUUGUUGUUGUUUGAUUUUAAAUUACCUCACAUAGUAGCCUUUUGAUUGAGAGUUUUUAUUAAUACAUAUAAUGGGCCAAAUCCUCAGCUGGAUGGACUUCAAUGGAGCUACACCAGUUUACACCAUCUGAGGAUCUCCUCUAACCCCCAUAUAAAUAGUGCUGAAUCCCAAAGUCCUCACUCAGUUUUACUCACUAGGGCCCACAAAUGGUUCCACGUGAGCAAACUUGUUUGCCGACAAAAUCCCACUGAAGUCAGUGGUGACUCCACAAGGGCCUAAGGCUCCGCCCACGUGGACGUCUCUGCAGGAUGAGAAACAAAAGUCAGUUUGCCUGAACCCUGCUCUUCAUUUAAAAUUUAGAUUGACCUAGUUAUAUUGCUGGGGGUGGGAGGGGGGAAAGGUGUGAAAAAUUCACACACCCCUGAGCACCGUUGUUAUCCCAGCCUCUAACCCCUGCUGAAGAUGUGGCUAGGUUGACGGAAGAAUUCUUUCAUCAUCUUAGCUACUGCCACUCGGAGAGGUGGAUUACCUACAGCAACAGAAACCCCCUUCUAGCAACGUAGGAAGAGUCUAUAUUAUGGCGCCACAUCAAGACUGUUCAGGCCCAUCUUGUAUGUACACAUUUGUGUGCAUAUCUAGUUUAUUACACACACACACACACACACACACACACUCUCUGUAGCUAUGUAUUUUUAAUGCACCGGUAUCCAGGUGCCAAGGUGCCCACACAUACAUGCACACAGGGAGGUAAAUAUUUAAAAGGCCAUCUAUUUUAUUUCACUUUCACUACAGUGAUCUCUGAGUGCUGGAAUUAGGCUGCAGUAUUUAACUUGUAAAACGUAUGGCAUUCAUGGGAACUUCCCACAAAGGGAUAUGUGAGAGAACAUCUUUGUUUAAAACACUGACUGCCCGUCAUACUGGAGAGUCCUUCUUAGACCCAGAUGAAUCCUUUUUUGUUUGAUAGUUCAGGCAUAUCCUAUUGCCAUAUUCUUCUUUCCCUUGUCUCAGUCAAAUACAGCAGCUUACAUGUUGUCCAAAACAUUCUCUUUGGGGGCUGCAGUGGAGGAAGUUAUGUCAUAAUUCCAACUGGUACAGAUAAAUACUUAUUUACUUGCAAGGGCUGUUUGCAAAUUUCAUGUGUUGUCCCCCAAAACUCUCCUAAAAAUACACACAAGGGACAUACAACCCUGCCCAACUGUUUAGAUAACCUUUUUCCAGAAUACCAGUCAUGCCACAUUCUCUGUGCCUUUAAGGAGUAUUUUAAGAGGCCUUAAGUCAAUAGUUGCUAUAAAUGUCAGUUACUAGAAGCCUUGAGAUGCCUGGAUUGACGGGGUGCUCCUAAAUUUGAAACUAGAUUCAAGGCAGCGUCAGAGCAGGAACAUUUUCUGCAUAGAACCCACCAUGUUGCUGCAGAAGCUUAUAUCCGAGUGCAAGAUAAUCUCCCACGUGCAACCAAAAUGCUGAAUAUCACCGGCCUUGACAUGCCAUUCUAUUUGCAGCGGGUGUAUAUUUGAAAUGAAUGUGGGCCUUUUGACCUAUGAAGUACACUGUAAGGGCCAGGGCCUCAGCUGGUGUAAAUCAGCACCACUCCAUUGACAUCGGUUACACCAAUUUACACCACCAGAUGAUUUGGUCCAAAAUGUGUCUGUGUAUGCAUACGUACAUGCACACUUUUCAAGAUAUUGUGAAAACAACUUUAUUAAUGAACAAGAAACCAUUUUCCAGUUACUUUUGUGUGAUUUAUACUUGAAUUUAUUUUGCUCAAAAUGUAGACUUUCUGAAUUGCUCAAACAUCUUGUGAUUACUGUGUAAACAAAGAGAAAAGGAAGGACAUGUGACUUGGACAUUUUUGAUAAGGCAAAGAAAAAGAAUGAUUGAGUUGUUGAGUACGGUAGCAUGGAAAGAGACAUGAGGUUGGCAUACUAUAGAUGUCUGCCAUGUGUGAAGCUAUUUGCUUUGGAAAGCUUUGCAUUUUUAAGAGGAAAAGCAGGAUGUUUGAAGGUGGGUCAGAGCAAUGCUUAGAGAAUAGCGGUUAGAUCCCCAGCUGGCGUAAAUAGGCAGGGCUCCAUUGAAGCCAGUAGAUCUACAAUGAGACACGAGCAGAGGAGCUGGUCUAUUUUAUUCCUAGUUGUCUUGAAAGGACAUUUAAAGAGGGAUAGCAGAGUCAAUGGAAAAAGAAAUAAUGUUUUGAAUGUUGAUACAUCAGCUAUAUUUGAUCACACUUUAGCUCAAAUCUUGAUAUACUGGGAGUGUUCUCAGUUACACUGGUUUAAAUCAGGAGUAACACCACUGAAGUGAAUGGUGUUACACAAGUGUGUAACUGGCAUACAAGAUCAGAAUCAGCCCCAUUAACUCUGUGUCAUCAGUGACAUUACAGGACACACUAGGUCAUGGAGUCGGUUGUUCAAUGGAACACCCAAAAGUUACUGAUGGGCUGACCUGGUCUGUAUAAAUGCAGGCCCCCUGCAGGUGCAUUUUGGUUGGGUAUUUGGCUAUCCAGAUGACUAACUCUACUGAAUUAGUCUGAACACUGCCAUAUUUCCCCACAUCUUUUGUGGAGUCAGUGCCAGUGCAAGCAGAACUUGUAGCAAAGAUAGUGCAGCAUAAGGAGCAUUGAUUAGUGUGUGUGUGUGUGGUGAAUUAUGUCACUCAAGUGCUGCCUUCUGCAGGUGAUGCCGCAGCAUGGUGGGGUUGCACACCCAUUGGAUAAGCAGGCGUUUGGAGAGAUGCUUUGACUGUGAUCCCUCUCUAACGUGUGGUUAUGUUCAUAAAAAGUGACUGUCAAAUGGCACAUGUUUACUCCACAUGUGUCCUCAACUCAUGGCGUUCUACAUUACAGCCAAAGCCAACUUUCACUGUUGUUAGCCCUGCACAAGCAAAACAGCUGCAGGAGAGUGGCCCUGAUUUUGUUCUGCCUCAUGCAUCGCUCGCAAAAUUGUCAGCUGAAUUCCAACAACAGACUCCUCCUUCUUCACCAUAAGUAAUAAGGAGUCAGAAAGUACAGCUUACUUUGCAGCUCUCAGGGUGAGAUUGCAGAGCUGGCAAUUAGAAAAACCACCUUUAAUUUAUACACGCUUUACUUAGAAGUUACUGGGAGAAUUUGGGUACAAUCUUACAAACCCUGACUUGCAUGAGCAGGUCUUUACUGAGGUCAGCUACUCCCCUGAGUAAAAAAAUUUAGGGGAAUGAAGGUUUUUGCAAUAUGGGGCAAAAUAUGGAACCCCUUUGUCGUUAUCAGAGCAUAUUCACUCAUCAGUGCCCAUUAGCAAGUUAUUCUGAACCAUAUUACUUGCUCAAAAAGUGUCAGCAUGUCAAAAAUACCACAUGCAUGCUAAUUAUUGGCUAUGUAGCUCUUUCUUUGUACAUAGGUAACAAAUCCGUAGGAGAAUCCCAUUACAAGGAUUGGGUUUUUUUGUAGGCAAACCCCAUAACAACUAAGGGCCUGAUCCAACUCCCACACAUGUCAGGGUCUCUCUCUCAGAGCUAGAUCAGGACUUUACUUAUGUAAAUAAGCUGCCCCACACACAUGCCAGGAAAGCAGAGUCAUCUUUGUAUACCUCAUUAACUAUUUCAAUUCCAAUAUUCUAUUUUGCACAAUCAAAUGGUGCCAAAGUUCUAGCAUUGUUUUCUUGCCACCAAGAUAUACCUCAUCUUCUGACUCAGUGUGGACUUACAAAGAAGAUUGUAAAUUUGUAGGAAACAAAAAACUGUCCAAUCGUUUAUAAAAUUGUAAUUGCUUCUAUUUUUAUACAUAUGUGCUGUGCACAACUGUUUAAUGUAUUCAUAAAAUAAAUUCUUUU